AUGAGUGAAUUCGACCUUGAGGAAGGCCGAGUUCCUGAGAAAUAUCAAAAUUCGAGCGAUGAUGGAGAAAUUCAAUCACACGUCGGAAAUGAAACUUCGGUUGAUUAUGAAAAUUUUCCACACAAUGGAAAAUCAAUAUAUGCCUUUUGUUGUUCACCAAAGAUGGAGUAUGUUUUAACUAUGAGUAUAGAGGAUCGUUCAGUUUACACGUGGAAAGUCAUAAAAAAAGAAGAAGAGGUCGAAUUAAAAUUGGAUAAACCUUUUAACCUUAAAGAUUUACAAUUAAUGAUACCAAUUUGUGUCUCUGAUUUCGAAAAUGUUAUUAUAACACAUCUUGAUAAAAAUUCCCAUAUCUCCGAAAUCAGAGAUUAUCAAAACAAAUCAAUGAAAAUAUUGAAGGCUCAAAAAUAUUUUAAAGGAAUGACUAUUUGCACUGGAUUUCUUAAAAAUGGAGAUUAUUUCAUCGUCAAAGGGGAUCCUCUUUAUCAGGAAAAAUUGCUGAUUCUCUUGGAUGUACCUUUUGUAGUCAUGCAAUGGAAUUUGAAUGAACGAGAGUUUGAGACACAAUACGAAUUAGAUUGGAAUUUGGCUAAGUUUAAGCACUUCAUUCAUAUGGAACUAGAUAAUGACUGUGCAUUCUUGGCAGUAUUUGGAGUUUUGCAAGAAACAAUUUCAAAAGUCUAUUUUUAUUCAACUGAAGCUGGUACAAUGAUAAAAGAUCACGAUGCCACAUCUCAACAGCAUGGCGUGUAUCAACAGAAUGACACAUCUCAACUAAAUCAACAGAAUGACACACCUCAGCUGAAUCAACAGAAUGGCACAUCUCAAAUGAAUCAACAGAGUGGUAUAUCUCAACUGAAUCAACAGAAUGGCACAUCUCAACAGAACGAUACACCUCAACUAAAUCAACAGAAUGACACAUCUCAGCUGAAUCAACAGAAUGGCCCAUCUCAAAUAAAUCAACAGAGUGGUACAUCUCAACUGAAUCAACAGAAUGGCAUAUCUCAACUGAAUGACACGUCAUAUGUUAUUAAUCUACGCACUUUUCUGAGAUCAGAUUCAGUAAAGUUGAAUAUAUCGUCCGGAAUUGAUUUUAUUAUUCCUGGUUAUAUCGUGCGAUUUCGUAAAGAUCUAUUUCACGAAGAUCGUUUACAAAUUGAAAGCUUAUCACAGAGUGGAAUGGAUGACUUACACAAUAAAUUUGUAAAAGACAACAAAUUUAACCUUUAUUCUUCUACAAAAGAAGAAAUAAAAGAAACAAUAGAAAAUAUCCUGGAAAAAUAUAACUCAAAACAAGACUUCGAAACAAAAAAUGACCAAGAUUCAAAAACAGAAAGUCCUUUUGAAACACUCGAAUACAAAUUAUUCAUAGAUCAACAUUCUAGAACAAGAGAACAUCGUGGUCAACUAUACACCUGGACUGUUGAGGGCGUGCCUGAUGGCACCUCUCCGCUUGAAGGUGGCAUUGCUGUAUUGACAGUCAAACAGACUGAGACUAAAAAGGAGAUCGGAAAUGUAUAUUACGAAAUAUCCCUCGAAGAACUUGCAACAUAUGUUAAUAAAGUGGAAAACAAGCCACAUGAAGAAGCAUCACGGCCAAACGUUCCCUUUGCUAUAAAACAAAUUAUUGGAUACGAACAAAAUCUUGAUGAAAAGAUCAAUAACCUAUCUGGAAUGAUUUAUAACCAAUUUGGAAUGAUUAAUAACCAAUUUGGAAUGAUUAAUAAUAAAUUUGAUGCGUUAUAUCAACAAUUUGGAAUGAUUAAUGUGUUAGGAGGAAUGAUCAAUGAAUUAGAUAAAAAAGUUGAAAGGAUUAAUGAGUUUGAGAAAAGAUUUGAUGAAAUAAUCAAACCGACUAAACAAGAAAAGAAAGGUGAAGACGAAAAUAAAUAG